GUGUGUCGAUCGACCCGCCCCUGCUCGCCAUUUCUUCAGCAUCUUAAAAGUUGAGCGCGACGCUAAGACGUCGUCGACGCGAGCGGACCGUCGCCAUACCUCGGCUGUGCCCCCGGGGGGAAGGCAGGGAAAGGCAGGGAAAGGCAGGGAGGCCGCCCGCGUCGUCCCGCUGCGCCAAGUGCGACUCCGGAGGGUGGAGCGACCCCCGCCGUCCUCCAUGGCCACAGUGCUGGUUCUGCGCCAGUGUGCCGGUCGAACGACGCGCUGAUCCGCGAGCAUCUCAGGCGGCUGGUCGUUGGAGAUGUGGACCCGCCUGGAGCGCGGGGGCCUGGGGGUCUGCUGCUCCUUGUCCGUCAUGCUGACGCUGGUCAGCGGGGCGCAAAGCGCCAACGAGCCGAGCAAUAUGUCGUUCGUGAAGGCCACCGUGGACAAGCUGCUGAAAGGAUACGACAUUCGUCUGCGGCCUGAUUUUGGAGGUGCCCCGGUGGACGUGGGCAUGCGCAUUGACGUCUCCAGCAUCGACAUGGUGUCCGAGGUCAACAUGGACUACACCAUCACCAUGUACUUCCAACAGUCCUGGCGAGACAAGCGUCUGUCCUACACUGGCAUUCCUCUCAACCUCACCCUGGACAACCGGGUGGCUGACCAGCUGUGGGUCCCUGACACAUACUUUAUCAAUGACAAAAAGUCCUUUGUCCACGGAGUGACUGUGAAGAACCGAAUGAUCAGACUGCACCCUGAUGGAACGGUGCUCUAUGGUCUCAGAAUCACCACAACAGCAGCCUGCAUGAUGGAUUUGCGCCGAUACCCACUGGACGAGCAGAACUGUACCCUGGAGAUUGAGAGUUAUGGCUACACUACUGAUGAUAUUGAGUUCUACUGGCAGGGAGGAAGCAAUGCAGGAUCAGUGACUGGAGUGGAGAACAUUGAGUUACCCCAAUUUUCAAUCAUAGACUACCAAACGCUGUCCACAAAAGCGGUUUUUGCCACGGGUUCAUAUCCACGGCUCUCAUUGAGCUUCAAGCUGAAACGAAACAUCGGUUACUUUAUCCUGCAAACCUACAUGCCCUCCAUCCUGAUCACCAUCUUGUCAUGGGUCUCCUUCUGGAUCAACUAUGAUGCCUCAGCUGCCAGAGUCGCUUUGGGCAUAACUACGGUGCUGACCAUGACCACCAUAAACACCCACCUGAGGGAGACACUUCCUAAGAUUCCAUACGUCAAGGCAAUCGACAUCUACUUGAUGGGCUGCUUUUUCUUUGUUUUCCUGGCUUUACUGGAGUACGCCUUUGUCAACUAUAUUUUCUUCGGUCGAGGUCCUCACCUGCAGAAGAAAGUGGCGGAAAAGGCCGCCAAGUCCAUCAUCGACAAUAAGAGCAGACUGGAGAGCAGCAAAGUACAGGUUGACGCCCACGGAAACAUCCUUCUGACCAAUCUGACGGGCGACAUCGGGGGAGGUGACAUCAUUGGCUCUCUGAACGACCCCCGGGCCCAGAUGUUCUCUUACGACAGAGCCACCAUACAGUACCGCAAGCCCAUGACCAGCCGAGACCUGUAUGGACGACCAGCCAUCGAGAGGCCGGUGGGCCACAAGAAGGGCCAGCUAAGGAGGAGAGCCUCACAACUCAAAGUCAAGAUCCCAGACCUUACUGAUGUCAAUUCCAUAGACAAGUGGUCACGUGUGGUUUUCCCCAUUGCAUUUACCUUUUUCAAUCUGGUCUACUGGCUUUACUACGUCCACUAAGUUUGCGAGGGGAAGUGUGAGUGGCAGGAAUGACACGGGAUUCUACUUUGUGCUUAUAAAAAGCCUGUUUUGGGGCAAGGAACGUGGACUCCUUUAGAGUAAAUACUAUUCAUUAUGCAGUAUUUAUGUAAAUAAUGUACAUAAUAUAUAUGCUAUAAUUUAUUAAGGAUCAUACUUUGAAUCCAAGCGCAACAUGCAUCGAUACGGAGGUAAGUGUUUGGUGUACAAAUAGAUGAAAAGGAGCUGUGACCCAGUUAUCUGCCAUCUGGCUUUGUGCACGUUAACAGGAGACCGCUUUGACUUUCUUUCAGGGUAAAGAUGGAACGAAAAGGAAGUCCAGCGCAAAAACUGCAGGGUAACGUUCAUUUCACUGGAAAAAUGUUCUGUUUACUUGAGGUGCUUUGACUGGCCUGGCAGUCCUACUAACACUGACUAAGCCAUGCUUUUUGGUUUUUUACCAGACGUACAGUAAGUGUCUACCACCUGACCGGGGACGGUCCGAUCCCAAAUGUCCUCGAUUUGUUAUUGUGAAAGGGGGGGGGGG